AUGGCGCCCACUGACGAUCUCAUCUUUGCGCGCGACUACAGGUGUGGCUCUGGCUACAGCUAUAGUUACAGUAGAAACAGAUGUUAUCGAAACAGCUGGUCCUACUGGGGACGCUGGGUAGUCGCGGGCAUCGUCAUCUUUUUCUUCCUCCUCUUUCUUAUGUGCUGCCUCAUCUCCCGUCGUCGUAAGAGCCGUGGCGUUAAGCCCGUCUACGGUACUGGCUGGAUGGCAGCCAAGCCUUGGGGACAAAACAACAACAACAACCAGGCCUACAAUUACGGCAACCAAGGUGGCUAUAACCAGGGUUACAACCAAGGAGGCUACCAACAGAACAAUGGUGGCUACAAUGCGCCUCCCGCCUAUGGCCAGCAGCAGCAGCCUCAGUACACUGGCACGACAUUCAACGCCAACGACGGCUACUAUGGCCAGAACUCUGGAAUUCAGCAGCCUGAUGGCACAUAUCAGCGCGAUGGCGGAUACGCCGCCCCUCCUGGACCUCCUCCUGGCAAGUAA